UCCGCAGUGUCCUCCGUUCCCGCGAGCAGGAAAGUCUGUCCUGCCGGGUGAGCCGCUGGGCCCUCCGGGAAGCGCUGCCCGGCAUCUGACAGACCCCGGCUCGUGUUGCCCUCAGCCGCGGCCAGCGGUGACCCCAGCGCUCCCCUGACACAGCCCGCGCCGGCGGUGCCACUGGGCGGCGUUGGGGUGUGUGGAAUCGGGGCCUAUGUCCGCGGGCUCGGUCUGUCUCCUCAGGCCUUAUUCCUUCCCGGAGAAAAGAGGAAAUGACUCAGUCCCAGGGAACAGUGACAUUCAAAGAUGUGGCUAUCAAUUUCACCCAGGAGGAGUGGAAGCAGUUGGAUCCGGCUCAGAGGAACCUGUAUCGGAAUGUAAUGCUAGAAAACUACAAGAACUUAAUCAUAGUUGGCUGUCCAUUCACCAAACCUGAUGUGAUUUUCAAACUGGAGCAAGAAGAAGAACCAUGGGUGCUGGAAGAAGAAGUAUUAAGGAGACACUGUCCAGGAGAAAUAUGGGGAAUUGAUGAUCAUCAGAAAAACCAGGAUAGACUUUUGAGACCAGUUCAAGGUAAAUUCAAGAAAACACUGACUAAAGAAAAAGACAAUAAAUGUCAUAAGCAAUUUGCAAAUUUAUUUCCUCUGAACUCAGAUUUUGUUCCUUCUGGACAUAAUUAUGAAUAUGACUUGUUUGGAAAGUGUUUAGAAUAUAAUUUUGACUGUCAUGAUAAUAAGAAAUGCCUUAUAAGAAAGGAAGAUUGUGAAUAUAUUGAACCUAUGAAAUCAUAUGAUAAUAGCUCUUCACAUCUUGGAGUAACACCCUUUAAGUGUAAUCAUUGUGAAAAAGGCUUCAAUCAAACAUUGGACCUCAUCAGACACCUGAGAAUUCAUACUGGAGAGAAGCCCUAUGAAUGUAAUAACUGUAGAAAAACCUUCAGCCACAAGGAAAAACUCAUUAAACAUUAUAAAAUUCACAGUAGGGAGCAGUCUUUUGAAUGUAACGAAUGUGGGAAAGCUUUCAUUAAAAUGUCGAAUCUCAUUAGACAUCAAAGAAUUCAUACUGGGGAGAAACCAUAUGCAUGCAAAGAAUGUGGGAAAUCCUUCAGCCAGAAAUCAAAUCUCAUUGAUCAUGAAAAAAUUCAUACUGGAGAGAAACCUUAUGAAUGUAAUGAGUGUGGAAAAGCAUUCAGCCAGAAACAAAGCCUCAUUGCACAUCAGAAAGUUCAUACUGGGGAGAAACCUUAUGCAUGUAAUGAAUGUGGUAAGGCCUUCCCUCGGAUUGCGUCCCUUGCUCUUCAUAUGAGAAGUCAUACAGGAGAAAAACCUUAUAAAUGUGAUAAAUGUGGGAAAGCCUUCUCUCAGUUUUCCAUGCUUAUUAUACACGUUAGAAUUCAUACAGGUGAGAAACCCUAUGAAUGUAAUGAGUGUGGAAAAGCCUUCUCUCAAAGCUCUGCCCUUACAGUACAUAUGCGAAGUCACACUGGUGAGAAACCGUAUGAAUGUAGUGAAUGUAGAAAAGCCUUCAGCCAUAAGAAAAACUUCAUUACACACCAGAAAAUUCAUACUAGAGAGAAACCUUAUGAAUGUAAUGAAUGUGGGAAAGCUUUCAUUCAGAUGUCAAAUCUUGUUAGACACCAGAGAAUUCAUACUGGGGAAAAGCCCUAUAUAUGUAAGGAAUGUGGGAAAGCCUUUAGCCAGAAAUCAAAUCUCAUUGCUCAUGAAAAAAUUCAUUCUGGAGAGAAACCUUAUAAAUGCAAUGAAUGUGGUAAAGCCUUCAGCCAAAAGCAAAACUUUAUUACACAUCAGAAAGUUCAUACUGGAGAGAAACCUUAUGAUUGUAAUGAAUGUGGCAAAGCCUUCUCUCAAAUUGCAUCCCUUACUCUUCAUUUGAGAAGCCACACAGGGGAAAAGCCUUAUGAAUGUGACAAAUGUGGAAAAGCCUUCUCUCAGUGCUCACUGCUUAAUUUACAUAUGAGAAGUCAUACAGGUGAGAAGCCUUACAUAUGUAAUGAAUGUGGAAAAGCCUUCUCUCAAAGAACUUCCCUUAUUGUGCACAUGAGAGGUCAUACAGGUGAGAAACCCUAUGAAUGUAAUAAAUGUGGAAAAGCCUUCUCCCAAAGUUCAUCUCUUACUAUACAUAUACGAGGUCAUACAGGUGAGAAACCCUUUGACUGUAGUAAGUGUGGAAAAGCCUUCUCUCAAAUCUCAUCUCUUACUCUUCAUAUGAGAAAACAUACAGGUGAGAAGCCUUACCACUGCAAUGAGUGUGGCAAGGCCUUCAGCCAAAAGUCACACCUUGUCAGACACCAGAGAAUUCAUACUCAUUAGCAACUCUAUAAAUAUUGUGAAUAUGGGAAAGCCUUUGGAAGGAAUUAACACCUUAUUGCACAUUACAUGGCUGGUUCCAAAGCAGAAAACUAUGAAUGUUGGAAAACCUUCUGAAGAAGUCACAAACUUAUAAAAUAGAAUUCUUACCAAGUUGACAAACUGUAUAAUGAAAAAGCUGAUUAUCUUAAAACUUCCAGCAGACAUUUUACAUAUUGAUAAUAUUUAAUAAGUAUUUGUAUUAAAAUCUGAAACAAAGUAUCUGCUGUCAGCACACCAACAUAACACUUGAGCUCCCAGGCAUUGUCUUAAGCAAGAUAAAGAAGAUUAGGAAAAAAAGAAGAACUCUAAAACUAAUCUUUUAUACAAGAAAAAAUUAAUGAGAAAAUGUAUUUAUAGAAAAUAUAUAAGAAUAAACACAAUAAUGAUUUAUGAGACAUAUAUACAUAGUUAUAAAACAUCUUAAAGUACACAGAACAUUAUAUCCCAAAAAACUUGACUUUAUAAAAAUAUAAGUUCUCUUCCAAAUCUGUAAGUUUAAUAUACUUCACUUAAAGUUUACAUCAGUUAUUUAUAUAUUUUAAAGAACUUUAUAAAUUGAUCCAAAAGUUUUAUAUGGAAAAGUAAAGGUCACAAAUAGCUGAAACAAAUUUGAAAAAGCAGAAUAGGGAAGGCAGCUCUAUUAGAUAUCAUCACAUUCUUAUUUAAAGUUGUCAUUAAAUAGUGUUACUGAGGGAAUACAUUAAUCAGUAGAUAAAAUAUUGAGGAUUAUAUAAAAAUCCAAGAAGAUAUGACAAAUUUGUAUAUGAUAAUGCUAUUGAAAU